AGAAACAUUAACUCCGCUCACACGGGCUGGCACUUUUUCCAAAACAAGCGCCUCACUUUCAGAGCGGAGGAAUACAUUGGACAGUGACGUGGCUAUUUAUAAGCUUGUGUGAUACGGUUUGUCGGUCUUCGUCUUCUUAGUUGUCUGUGUAAAGAAUAUUGCAAGCUACAGCGCGCAAUAAUGGCAGUGUGAAGGCGUGCAGCGGCUAUCUUUGCAGCGGCAACAACCCGGCAGUGCAACGGCUAAGUGCACUGGCUAUUUCUGGCAAAAUGGCGUCUCUCUCGGCAACCACCCUCAGCUUUGCUGCCGUCGACAGCAGUACCGAACCCCUCGACUCGAUAACGUCACCAGCAGCAGCUAUGACACUGUCCCAGCUGGACUUGGAGGACGUGGAGGCCCUGUGCUUAGAGCCCUCAUUUCUGAUGGCUGACCCCAUGGGGCCCCUUCUGGACCAUGAUGAAGAAGCUCUUUCUCCCUCUUUAAAGGUGAAGGCACCAGCUUCGCCCUCCCUCUCUUUCUCCUCCUAUACAUCCUCUUCUCCUUAUCAGACCUUGUCAUAUUCCCCACUCUCCUCUGGCUCCCCACCUCCCUCCCCCCCGCCCACUCACUCUUCCUCAUUCCUUGGGACCAAGGCUGAAACGGACCUGCUGUCCUUCUCCCUGUUGGGUGCCAGCGAUCUGCUCGACGCCCAUGUCAGAGCAGACGAUGGCAAAGAUGAUCCUCUUGAAGGCAUGGAUUGGAUGUCAGAGAAAAUUGACUUGAGUGAUUUCGACCUGGAUUCUCUCAUUGGAUCCUGCUCGUCCGAGUCUCCCAGCUCCCCAGAAGAUCUUUUGACCUCUCUGGACACUCAAGUGGAUCUGGACACCCUGGAAACACCCAUUGAUGUCCAGCCAAAUGAUCACGACGUGGAUCUGAUGUUGCCUGGCAUUCCUACCCUCCAGGUAGACACCAGUCUGUUGGCUGAGGUGGAGGCUCCUGUCCCGGAGGUUGUUGUGAAGUCGGAACCUGCGUCCCCCUCCUGUCCAGCUUUCACGUUGGAGCUCGGGAGUGAAGUCGAUGUCCAGGAUGCAGAGAAAACAGCGUCUUCCCUCACCGCGACCAUCAUCCAAGAUCCCAGCAGAAUCCUUCAGGCCUCCAACCCUAUUGUGCUCUCCAUUCCCACCUCCGGUCACUUUGUGGUUGUUCUUGCUAACGAAGGAGCCCCCUCUCUCCCCGAUCAGUCCAUCGAAAUCUCGCAGUCAAGUGACUGCGAGAGCGACUCCGGCAUAGAAUCCGUUGUCGGCUCGCCUGCACGUCAUCCCAGUCCCCCGCUCAGUUCCCCAACAUCUGGUUCCUCCAGGACCAAACCCUACUGCAAACCAGAGCCAACAGCGUCUCCCUCCCCAAAGGCCCCUAAGGUUAAAUCAGUGUCCGGCGCUCCCAAGGUGGAGAAGAAAUUGAAGAAGAUGGAACAGAACAAGACGGCAGCCACCCGUUACCGGCAGAAGAAGAGAGUCGAGCAGGAGCUGCUGAACGUAGAGUGCGACGAGCUGGAGAAGAAGAACCACGAGCUGAAAGAGAAGGCGGACUCCAUCAGCAGAGAGAUCCAGUACCUCAAAGACCUGAUGGAGGAAGUACGAAAGCACCACCGUGGAAAAACCAGCUCAGUAGCUUAGAUGGCAGAGUAGAGAUGUAGCUUUUCUGCUUCACCGGUCAUUUGCAAAGCAAAUGGAUCGUUUGGAGAAUGGUUAGGUUUCGGGAGCUUGAAGGUUGGGUAUGUGGAACUGAACAGUGAUGAGUGAAAUAGCCGGGUGAAAGGCUUAAGAUGGUUGAGAUUAGUUCAGAGCAGGGGGCUGAGAGUUGGUCAGGUGAAGCAUCUGUACAUGCUUGUCUCUCAGUCCCUUGUUUGAUCCACGUUUAUACUCCGACUCAACAUGUACAUGUGCAAACAUGUUGUGGGUUUGUAGACUAAGAAUUUGUAGUAGUGAUUAGUUCCCAGUAGUGUUGUAAGUCUAUAACUCACUGAAAAAGUUUUUUUCUUUACACUCCCAUCAAUUCCGUGUCAGACCCAAGAUCGGUAAAAUAAGUGUUGAUAAAGUGACAAAAACCUCUUGUACCAUGUAAUCUUUUUUUCUUUUCUUUAACCCAACGUCACCCCUCUGAUCGUCUCACAGCUUCAAAGUCCAGAAAGGGGCCUCGGCCUAAAUAAGUUUUUCUUAGUACACUGUCAACAUGAGUGUUGUGUGUAAAUAGUUUUCUCCUUCGCUUGCAGAGUGUGGCUUUUAUUUAAUUCUGAAAAAGAUAUAUCUUGAGCUUUUCAUCACUGACUCUUAGCUCUGGUGUUUGGCCUGUAAAACACUUUGCUUUUUGUUUUUCUAAUAAAUAUCUGGUAGUGCUCAAGCAA